AUGCUCCAGCGAAACCUACCGCCACUUCUCAGGAUUUCAUUUUUGAUGCUGAGCGCGACAACGCUGGGCAACUCACAAGAAACUGAAGAAACAGUCACGUACACUGCAUCUCUUGGGAAAAGCGUCGUGUGCUUCAGCGAGGUCAAUGCCGCGCGUGAAGCAGCUGGGCUGGACGACUUCAAGCAGGCUUCAGGUGACGCAGAAUUAAGUGGUCCAGCAGCAGAGGAAGGAGAGCUGGAUGAAAAGUGGAAAAAGCUUUGCGAACACUUGAUCCCACAAUCGGAGGCAGCGGCUAAGACAAGCUCCGCGAAUCCCCUUGAGGCCGGAACAUAUGCUUUCAAGUCCCUAACUGCCGAGCAACCCAACUGCAAGGAAGCAGUUGAUUACUGGAAGGCAGCCUACAAAAACUUCACCGGACUCCCGCCAUCAAAGAAUGAUGCUGGAACACUGUACGACAAUCAGGACAAUAUUUCCUUUGUAGCUUUGUACAACCCUUCAUCUAAUGCCACUGCAGACUGCCGAGUCGCCACUUGCACUCAAACGAAUACAUCUACUACAGGGCCAGGACCUGCAAUUGCAGAAACAGAUGGGGGCAGCGACACUACGAAAAAAGGCUACGCUCUGCUUUGCAAGACGAAGCCUACUGCUUUUGCAAGUGACACCUCUGCUCCAUUCACGCAGGAGCAGUGGGACAAGAUCAUGUCUUCGCUCACAGGCUCCGGGUCAAUAGCAGCUCCAAGCCUGAUUGCUCUGGCCAUUGUGACGUUCGGCAUUAUGACUUUAUGA